AUGGAGGAGGCUGGCAGCACGGCGCCCGAGCCAGAGGCGGCGGCGCGUGUGCAGGCAGCGGAGCCGGCCGACGCCGAGCAGGCCGCUGCCCUCUCCGCGGCAGACGCGGACGACGUGCCCGUCGGGGCGCCCGUCUGCGUCUUUUGUGCGCGCGGCGCCCACCCCGUCUGCGGCCGGCUGAUCCCCGUGUCGCCCGGCUGCUGGGCGCACGUCAACUGCGCGAUGUGGAGCUCGGAG